AUGACUUUUUCCACCUAUAUCAACGGGGCUAUUCCGACGACUCUAUACCGACGACUUGUCGCCGACCCAAGCAGCAACCCCAACCCCAAUCCCUACUCCAACCCGAACCCCAACCCCAUCCCUAACACUAAACACACCCCCAACCCCAACCCCAACACAGUACCAAACACAAACCCAAAUACAGAAACCUGCCCUAGAGACGCCUUGAUACUGGGGGUUUGUGCUAAUCUUCUAGGGGGAUUGGUCAAAGUUGAGUUAGGUUCACCACCGGUGAAGCCAUGUUGCUCUCUUAUCCAAGGACUUGCCGACCUUGAGGCUGCCGUCUGUUUGUGCACUGCAAUCAAAGCCAACGUCCUAGGGAUCAAUCUUAAUGUACCAGUAUCUCUUAGCUUGCUCGUUAAUGUCUGUGGCGGUGAAGUCCCAAAUGGUUUUGUAUGUUCCUAG